AUUCCUCAUCAUCAUUUUCCCCAUGUCAAGAUCUGAAGAUUAGCUUGUUUGUUCAAAUCAAGAAGCUUACAGACAGUUUAGUUGCAAAGUUUGCUCUCAAUAUUAUGUGCUGAUUUUUGGUUUUUUCUCUCUCUUCUGUUCGCGGUAGAAUCUCCUCCUAUACCUCACAAUGACCGGUGUCAAAGCCAUCAAGAGACGUCGAGAUGUCCAUAAGAAGGUCUCAGAAAAGAAGAAGGCAAGGUCAGAGGCACGAAAAAUUCGAAAAGAGACAGGUGACCCUGGUCAGACACCUAAGACGAUCGAAAACCAGCGCAAGAAAAGUGAAACUAUUUUAGAGCCAGAAACAGCAGAGCAAGAUCGCAUCGAGGAAGUCGAAAGGGACAUUGCAACAGAUGAAUUUAGUUCUUACUUCAACAAAGAAUAUGAACCUAAAAUUUUGUUAACAUCUUGUACGAAAGAUAUAAAGAAGAAAACACGCAAAUUCAUGAUAGAGCUCUCUCGAGUGAUACCGAACACAACCAUCUAUAAGAGGAGAGAUGACAAACUGAAGAAAAUCGUCCCCCAUGCCAUAGAUGACGGAUACUCAGAUAUUGUUGUUAUCAAUGAGAACAGUCAAAAACCGAAUGGUCUCCUUUUGAUUCAUUUACCUGAUGGACCGACCGCUAAUUUCCGACUGAGCAAUGUUCGAACGACAAAAGAAAUGAGGAAAGAUCACAAGCUAAUAACAGAACAUCGCCCUGAAGUCAUACUGAACAAUUUCACCACACGCCUUGGGCAUAGUGUUGCUCGCAUGUUGGCAUCCAUAUUCCAUUAUGACCCAGAAUUCAAAGGUAGAAGAGUAGUUACGUUCCACAAUCAGCGAGAUUUCAUCUUCUUCAGACAUCACAUAUAUUGGUUUAAAUCAGGUGAGCGGUGCGCUCUAAGGGAACUUGGACCUAGAUUCACCCUGAAACUUCAGUCUCUACAAAUGGGCACCUUUGAUACCAAAUUUGGAGAUUACGAAUGGACCAUGGUCGAAAAGAGGAAAGAAAUUGAAAAGAACCGCAGACAGUUUGUUCUGUAAAAAAAAACUUUUACUUGCAAAGCCUGUCUGUGCUGGCUGAAUUAUACUCUGUCUCUCAAUCUUCCGACUUGAACUAGUUUGUACCUAAUGAUACUUUGUACAUUUUUUUGUAAAUUAUAUGAAUUUUUAAACUUUU